AUUGGUAUCGCCAUGUCACCACUCUCCAAUAACUCGUUGUUCCUGAAUUACCACCGAAACCCUCUGCCAGAGUACAUGGCUCGGGGGCUCCUAGUGUCCCUCUCUACUGAUGAUCCUUUGCAAUUCCACUUCACAAAGGAGCCUCUCAUGGAGGAGUAUUCAAUUGCUACUCAGGUGUGGAAGUUAUCACCAACGGACAUGUGCGAACUGGCAAGAAACUCGGUUUUGAUGAGUGGCUUUGAGCAUGAGAUCAAACAGUACUGGAUUGGCCCAAAUUACACGAAGGAUGGUGUAGCUGGGAAUGACAUUAAGCGCACUAAUGUACCCAACAUCCGCGUAGCUUUCAGGCAUGAAACGCUUCUGGAUGAACUAUCAAAUAUAUUCCGCCGUCCUGAAGACAAGGAGGAAACAUAAAGAGGAGAAUGGAAAGCAUGAUCCACGUCGAAGAGAGGGAUAUUCAGCACUCUUUUUAUGGGAUGAAUCGUGCGAUAUUCUUUAAAACAAGUAAUAUAGGAUAAUGAAUUAUUAUAGUAAUGUAUAUGCAUGUGACGGUAUUUGUCCGCUCAGUAACAGACCUUUUAAAUAAUGCUAUGUCUUUACGUAACUUUCUUAACAUACAAAUGUAUUGUUUCUGUAGCCUACAACUAUAAUUUUAUUUAAGUAUUGAUGUUUUAUAAUCAUUCAAGUAGGCUCAUGUAUACUGGCCAAAUAAUUCAUAAGCAAUAUUAUAUUCAUAUUUGAUUAAAGAAAAUAGCUUUAGGUUUGAGCAAUGUC